AGUUUUUUUCUUUAAAUUUUUAACUCAAUUCGUAGGCAAUUUUUGUUAUAAGCAGUUUCGAACAAACUUUAACAAAUUUUUUUUUAUUUGUGAAUUUUCUACGUAAUUCAAAGGUAUUUUUAAUACAUAUUUUACACAUCAUUAUUAAUACGAUUUUGGAGGUUGUAGAACACUUAAAUUACUUUAAAAAAUGAAAAAUAAUGAUAUCAUUCGAUUUCAAGAUAUUUUUUAUAUUUUAAAAAUAAUUUAUUAUAUCCCGGGAUCCCGGGAAACAGUUCACUUUUAUCCCGGAAUCCCGGGACAAGCAAAAGACCGGGAAAUAAGAAACCCUAGUAUAGAACAAGCAGGAAAUAAGACCGCGGGCGAAAAUGAUGUAAGACCCCAGCCUCGUUAUAACCUGCAAGGGGGGAGGAUUGAUUAUCACAAGUUGCACCUGAAAGAAUGUGAUCAUAUGUGGUUCUCUUCGUAACAACCAUAUCCUUUGAUUUGUCCGCCCUAGUGAGCACUAUGUUAUUGUCUUUAAGCCAGUUCUGGGUUUUUCUAAUAUACGACCAUAUAGGAUCUUUGUCUCUUUUACGUUCCCCAUGCUUGAUUUUCAGUGCGAAACCCAGAACUAGCUUAAAGACAAUAACAUAGUGCUCACUAGGGCGGACAAAUCAAAGGAUAUGGUUGUUAUGAAGAGAACCACAUACGAUCACAUUCUUUCAGCAUACAUUAAAGAUACCUGCUGUACUAUUGCAUCCCCCAACGCCAAGGGAAAACUGCAAGCAAGAGUCAAGAGGUUCACUCCUUUAGCCAAAGAACUAGGCAUCAAGAAUGUAAUUGUACAAUCCCUGUCGACUCCAAGGCUUUUUGGAUUUGCUAAAACCCAUAAAAAGAACAAAGAUAUAAGACCAGUCGUCGAUAAAGCAUAUGCUCUUACAAUAUUACUAGAAAAAUGGGUACACAAUUUUGUUCAGCAACAUGCCCCUAACAAUCCAUACAGUGUCAAGCAACCGUUAGAGGUUUUAAACAAAAUGGCUGAUAUUAACUCAAAGGAAGUUAAAUAUUUGACUGUGUUAGACUACAAAGCCUUACAUCCAUCCAUUAAACUGGAACCAUGUUUUUGUCAUCUAAGGGAUAUACUACUUAGCAAGAUCCCUUCUCCAGGAAGGAAAUGAAAAUACAUCUUAGAAUUGGCACACCUUACCAUUUUCUCUGCACUAUUUAGUUUCAAAGGUGUUACCUAUACACAACAAAAAGGGGUAGCUAUGGGCAGAACCCUUGCAGGUACGCUAUGUGAAAUGAUACUAGCAAUGCUAGAAAACGCACUGUUGCCGAAGUAUGAGGCACAAAUGAUAAUGUAUGUUCGAUACGUAGACGAUGUACUUAUAUUCUGGAACGCUAAACCCAACAUACAGAGUUUUAUAAAGGAUAUAAAUGACAAUAGAUUCGGUCUUGAGAUAGAGUUAGAGCAAGAAAACGAUAAGACCAUACAUUUCUUAGAUCUGUAUAUACAAAUUAACAGCUCAGGAGGGUUCACUACUAAAGUCUACAGAAAGCCCUCAUAUAACCCUAUAUUUAUUCCUUGGAUCUCUCAAGAUCCUCCAGCAUAUAAAAUGGCAGUGUUCCGAGCCUUAAUCGCAAGAGUUUAUUUGCAUUGUAGCAAUACAAAAGAUAGAACGGAUGAACUGAAUUAUAUAUAUAACUUAGCCAGAAAGUACAGGAUUAAUGUUAAUGCUAUUAUCAGCAAGAGCAUAAAGCGCCUUAAGAAGAGAAGUUUACCUAAUAAUGAAGGAAUUAUAAUAAUGGAUUAUAACGCAUCGCUGACUAAUAUCUUUCAACGCAUCGGAAAAGCCAAGAACAAAAGAAUCCUAUAUAAAAGAACCCCCACCACUUACCAGCUAUUGCGAUCCGAUAAGGAUGAAGUGGACAGAAACACACUCCCCGGUGUCUAUAAAAUCCCAGUUACAGACUCACGACGACAUAAUAAAUUAAUGUAUAUAGGAGCCACAGGAAGAUGUAUCAAGGACAGGUUAGCAGAACAUCAAGGAAAUAUAAGAAAGGAACAACCGUGCACAGCGCUGGCCACAUAUGUUUUAGCAGAUCCGCAAGACGUCAAAGUCGAAUGGGACCAAGCAAGACUACUGCAGGUAGUUCGAGACCGUAAACACCGGCAUUACACGGAAGCAUGGCAGAUUUGUAAAGCAAACCAUAAAGGCCUUGCAAUCAACUUUUGAGAAUCGGCAAAAUUAUCGGCAGCAUGGUCCUCAAGCUUAAUAUAAAGCCUUAAUAAUCAAAGAUUACUAUGAUACUAUGCAUCUUUAUAUUCUAAGCUAUGUAUUUAUCCGCGUUGAUCAGAGGUGGUAACCCUAUGUAUCAGGUCAGUCCAUAAGUUCGUGCGCAUUUUUAUCUACAAAAAAA